AAGAGAGAGAGAGAGAGAGAGAGAGAGAGAGCGCUGAAAGAAAGACACGUUCAGACAAACACAGCGAACAGCAGCAGCAGCUCCUGCAUAUCAGCACAGCAUGAACAGCAGCCUGUAGCCAACCUUAUCUAAAGAAAACGCCAUUAGCCUCAAAUAAUGGACAAUUCUGGACUAUUUGUCUUUUUCCUCAGCCUGUUUGCGCUGGUUUCUGCCUCCUCAGUCGAAGAAUGUAUAAGAGACUCUAAUGGAGUGAACUACAGGGGAACCCAGCAGAGAUCCUCCUCAGGGAAGCAUUGUGUAAACUGGAUCAACACAACCAGGAACUACGACAUUCAGAACCAUGCAGAUUCAGACACAGGUGUUGGGGACCACAGUUUCUGUCGUAACCCUGAUGCCUCGGACAGGCCUUGGUGCUAUGUUUCCGGAACAGAUGGACGGCUCCAGAGAGAAGCGUGUGCCAUUGAUUCAUGCCAAGAUGAAACCCCGACAGAAGCAGAUACAGUGCCCACCUCCGGCGGGGCGGAGUCGUUCGAGGAGCCGAAAUCCGUGCCAGCCCAGGCCAAGGGUGCUGCCGGGCCCUCAGUGAUGGGGGUCAGUCAGCGGGUCAGAACUGGACCCAAGAAGAAGAAAGACCUGGGCACUUUGGGCUAUGUUCUCGCCAUUCUCAUGAUGGGCAUCAUCAUCCUGCUGGGCGUGGGAAUCACGGUGGGCUACUUCUAUAAACGGGGUCGCGACCUGAAGAAGCAGCACGAGCAGCGAGUGUACGAGCGCGAGAUGCACCGCAUCACCCUUCCACUCUCCGCCUUCGCCAACCCCACCUGCGAGCUGGUGGACGAGAACACCAUCGUGAUCUCGGCCGAGCCCAGCGAGCGGACCCCUCAGGACACUGUGGAGGGCGGAGACCCCCUGAUGGACCCGGCGGGAACUCCUGGAGCCUGAGAGCAGGACCUGAGAGAUCUGGGAAAGAAGAAUACCAGACUGUGCAGCGUUUUAACGGAUCAACACUAAAACUACACUCUCUUUCUAUCGCCCUGCUGGUCUUUAAAGUCCUUUUUUUUUGGAAGAACAGAAGCUUUUCAUGGACAGCUGAUGUUCUGUUCUCUGGGUGGAGACGAGGAGAGGACAGGAGGACACAAGAACAUAAGAGCACACUACUGAGGACGUGAGGAAGAAGGGCUGGUGUAUAAAAGUGCAUGUUAGAGAUUCUUUCCAGGAAUAUUUCUAGGAAUCCUCUUGCUGACCUGUCCUGAAGUGCACACUUGAGUUUGUGGUUGAACAGACUGAAAUACACUAAGAUAGUGAAAACUGCAGAGUGAAAAGUGUGGCAUGGAAGACCUUCUGUCCAUCUUACUUGCAGGAGAGGUAUCUGUGGAGGUUUUGAAGAUAUUUCUGAAAAACAUGGUUUUAACAAAGCGUUAAACUGUGGGAUGGAUGGAUGGAUGGAUGGAUAUAUGUAUAUACUUAUCCUAAAGCCUUGUAGUGCUUUGAUGUGGUUUACGGGAAAGGGUGCAUCUUCUAAUAUGGUCUUGCGCACUGUGGUCUUGCAGGUUUGACAAAUAUUUCGAGACACUUAAAGUCCCGAAAGGUCCAGAUCUGAUCCAGGAGAUCAGUAUUAAGGCUUUUGCAUUUUCAGCUCCCAAUCCAGUCAAAGGCUGCAUUCACACUGCAGGAAAAUCGUAAAUCGGAUUGUUUCUCAAACCAGAUUUGUUUCAUAAAGCAGAUCUGCUGAAAUUGAAACCUGUCCACACAAUCAGACUGGAUUUGCAUGUCUGGACAUCACAAACAUGAGUUGCCUCCAUAGCCUUGAGACUGAGAUGCAUCAGUACAAAUCAGAUGUUAUCGUAAAUCAUAUUUUAAACCAAAUUCAUGUGGUUUCUGGCUGUUUACACUUUCAAAAAUUAACCUGGACUUAAUCUAGAUAUCUACAAGUGUUGAAUACGGAACAAGAGCUGCACUGAAGUUCUGUACUUGAGGGAAAGAUACAAAUACGGACAAAACAAACUCAGAUUACGGACUAACAGUUUCAUUUAAGCCACUUUUAUGUGGUUUCUGGCUGUCCACACUAUCAAAACUCAAUCUGGACUGAAUCUAGAUAUCUACAAGUGUUAAAUACGGAAAAGGGGCUUCACUUGAGUUCUGUACUUAAGGAAAAUGUACAAAUACGUACAAAACAAACGCAGAUUACGGACUGAUAGUUCCAUUUAAACCACUUUUAUGUGGUUUCUGGCUGUCCACACUAUCAAAACUCAAUCUGGACUCAAUCUAGAUAUCAAAAAUAUCAGAUUUGGGCUGCAAGUCUGAACAUAGCCUUGAUUUACGGAAAGCACCUAAACGUUAACAUUAAUACAAGUGUUUAAUACGGAACAAGGGCUGCACUGAAGUUCUGUACUUGAGGGAAAGAUACAAAUACGGACAAAACAAACUCAGAUUACGGACUAACAGUUUCAUUUAAGCCACUUUUAUGUGGUUUCUGGCUGUCCACACUAUCAAAACUCAAUCUGGACUCAAUCUGGAUAUCUACAAGUGUUGAAUACGGAACAAGGGGCUUCACUUUAAUUCUGUACUUGAGGGAAAGAUACAGAUACAGACAAAACAAAUGCAGAUUAAGAAACUGAUUCCAUUUAGACCACUUUCAUGUUUCUGCUUGUCCACACUAUCAAAAAUCAAUCUGGAUUCAAUCUAGAUAUCUGAAAAAUCAGAUUUGGGCUGGCAGUCUGAACGUAACCUUGAUUUACGGAAAGCACAUGAACUUUAACAUUAAUACAAUACGAAACAGGGGGCGCAUUUGAGUUCUCAGGUUAAGUCACAACAAUUGAGCAGUGUUGAUACACUGGUUGCAGCAUAGCAAGACACUCCGUUAACGAGUAUUACACUACCAAACUCAGUGUUUAAGAAAAAAUUACAGAAAUUUUCCAUUUUGUUUUUUUUUUGUCCAAAAUCUGUUUUUAAUAAAACUGGGCCUUACUGCGCCUCUGUUUACCCAUACUGCUCUGCUCUACUCUGCCUAAAGUGGUUAUUGAGCAGUUAGAGCAUAAGCUAAAUUCCGUUUCUUAAGUGUUUCCCAACCAUUACAUUAUCUCAGUGUUUUUUUUUUGUUUUUUUUUUUAAGAGGCGAGAGCUUAUUUUGAGCUCAGGCGCUGAAAGAAUGGAAUAAUGAAUGCCUGGGUUUCCAUAGACUUAAUGAUGGCCUUAGUGUUGUAAUUCUGAAUGUAUCUAUACAGGCCCAAGUUGGACAGAAUAAAUACGUCUAUUUCAUAUUAUGUAUCCACUGUUAUCUGCAUUCCAAACUCUAAACAGGUAGGGCGGGGCCUUGAUAAAUAAUUCUAAUUUUAAAAUGAAUAAAACGUUGUUAAAAAAGGUGCAUUUUUCCACCAUUUUCACUUGAUUGAUGUUUUUUUUCACGUUUUUUGUACGUUCACAAAGAAUCGUGUGUAGCAAAGAUUUGGGAAGAAUACAUCAGCUGUGACCUUAAAAAUACUGUAGCUCAGAAUGGCGGCUGGACGCAUUUCUUGGCUGUAAACAAAGAGUCCUUCACUUUGUAACUGCCUUCUAUGACAAAGUGGAUGAAAAAAACAGAUAUUCAUUGAUUAAUUCAAUCAUUCAAUCAUUAAUUUGAGCAAAUCCUCCUUCAUAUCAUUCAGAACAGAAGAAGAGGAAAGCCUGUAAUGAUGUAAUGUUGACUUUUUUCUUUUAUUAAAAGCUUCUGGAGUCACUGGGGAAUGAU